AUGUUCGGCUCACCUUUUAUGAGUAUUUUUGAAAAUAUGAAUAGAAAUUUUUAGGAAUCUGAUAUGUUUGAUUUUUCAAAUAUGCAUAGAAAUGUUAUGAAUGCUCCUUAAAGAUAAAUUAAUUAGCUUUAAUAAGAAAAUCCUGGAAACGGAUAGUUUGUUUGUUAUAGUAGUAGUAUGGUUUAAAGAUAAGUAAUAGGAGAAGAUGGAUAGCCUAAAGUAGAAAAAUAUUUUAAUAAUAAUGUUGUUUAAAGAGGUUAAGACGGAAAUACAAUUAGUGAAAGAAAACAAGGAUAUAAAAAUAAUGCAAAUGGAAAAUAGCUUUUAGCACAUGAAAGAAUGCUAAAUGAUUAAGGGAUUAAAUAUAUUAAAGAAAAAGAUAGAGACGGAUAAAUUAAUACGACAAAUCAUUAUUAUAAUGUUGAAGAAGAAUUAACUUUACAAAUUUAUUAAAUCUAUACAUUUAUAUCAAAAGCAGAAUAUGGAUUAAUAUCAUUAUUAAGGAAUUUAAGAUAAGGUUAAAAAGAAAUAAGAUUAUUAGUAUUAGGAUUAGAUAACGCAGGAAAAACUACGAUUCUAAAAGCAUUAUCAAAUGAAGAUAUAACUACAAUAAAGCCAACUCACGGUUUUAAUAUAAAAAAUUUAACACACGAAGGCUUUAAAUUGAAUGUAUGGGAUGUAGGCGGUUAAAAGGCCCUUCGUACUUACUGGCAAAAUUAUUUUGAAAAUACUGAUGCAUUAGUUUAUGUAAUAGAUUCAUCAGAUUCUAAAAGAUUGAACGAAUCAGGAGAAGAAUUGCAAAAAUUAUUACAGGUUUAAUAUUUUAUUUGUAAUUCUUUUAUAUAUAAAAAAAUUUAAAGGAAAGUGAUUUAGCAGGUGUUCCAUUAUUAAUAUAUGCAAAUAAAUAAGACUUAAAUUUAGCAUUACCGCCUGAUGAGAUAAGUGAAUCUUUAAAACUUGAUAAUAUAAAAGACAGGCCUUGGUCUAUUGUUGCUUGUUCUGCUGUGACUAAAGAAGGUAUGGAUGAAGGACUUGAAUGGCUAGUUUCAAAUAUUAAAAAAUGAUUUCAUAAUCAUUUAAUAUUUUUUUUUCUAUUAGAAUAAAUAUCUUAUUAAGUUUUUAGAAGAUAGAAUUUUAUAUUAUUUUGUUUUUUUUGUUAGUUUUUUAUUAAAUAAAUGUUUAUUUAAGCAUUUAAAAUAAAUUUUAAUUGAUUUG